AUGACAGUCACAGCAAACAGCAAGGGCGGUAACGAGGCCUUUGUCCUUCAUCCUGGAGGCACGUUCGCUUUCGAGGAACGCGCCAUACCUACUCUCCAUUCAGACCGAGAUAUUAUUGUCCGAGUUGCCGCAACAGGCCUCUGCGGCUCAGAUGUACACUACUGGCAACAUGGCGCGAUAGGACGUUAUGUUGUCGAGAAGCCCAUCAUUUUGGGACACGAGUCAUCCGGAAUCGUGGUUGAGUGUGGAGAUAGUGUUGAAGGCUUUGCCGUGGGAGACCGCGUUGUUUUGGAGCCAGGCAGUACUUGCAAUACCUGCAGUCAUUGUCGUUCCGGUCGCUAUAAUCUCUGCCAGGCCGUUCGCUUUGCAGCCACGCCCCCCUAUGAUGGUACACUUGCCACCUACUACCGCGUGCCGCAGGAGUGCUGUUACAAGCUGCCACCGCAUGUUUCGCUGCGCGAUGCCACGCUGAUUGAGCCCUUGAGUGUCGCCGUGCACAGUUCCCUAUUAGCGGGUAGCAUGCAAGAGAAGUCUGUGGCUGUCUUUGGCGCAGGGCCGGUUGGUCUGCUCUGCAGUGCAGUUGCUCGUGCUUUUGGCGCAUCGACAGUUGCCGCUGUGGACGUCGUCCCAAGUCGUCUGGCUUCCGCGCUCAAGCACGGUGCCACACACUCAUAUCAAAUGAGCUCCGAAUCCCCAGAGAAGAACGCAGCGGACCUGUUGUUAACCGCAGGGGUACAGGCGGGAUUUGAUAUUGUUCUAGAUGCGACCGGGGCAGAGCCCUGCGUGAACUGUGGUAUUCACGCCCUCACACAGGGAGGAACGUUCGUUCAGGUUGGACUGGGAAAGCCCAAUCUCUCUAUCCCAGUCGGCCAAAUCUGUGAUAAGGAGAUUUCUUUCAACGGAAGUUUCCGUUAUGGACCGGGGGACUUCCAACUGGCUAUUGGAUUGCUCAACUCGCGCCGGGUAAAGCUGGACGGCCUCAUCACCCAUGAGUUCGCUUUCUCUGAGGCGGAAGGAGCUUUCAAGAAUGUGGCUAAGCGGUCUGGUAUAAAGAGUGUGAUUUAUGGCCCAGGCUUCGAUGCGGAAAUGGCCAAAAAUGUGUAA